GGAUUCUUUAUUCGAUUUCCCCCCCGUUUGGUGCUCUCACCUUCUUUGGUUCUCCCCUCGUCCUACGCUGCCAAUUGAUCGUUCCGAAAGACUAUAUAUCUUUUCUUUCCUUUGUCCUGUUUUUCCUCCUCAAAUUGUUCUCUCCAAUCUCAAAACCCUAAUUUUUCUGGUUUUGAGAGGAGAAGAAACGAUGGUGUUCUACUUCAAAGCUCGACCAGAGGCCGGUGAUUACACUAUUUUCAUGGGAUUGGACAAAUACGAGAACGAAGAGCUCAUCAAAUAUGGUUUUCCCGAGGAUAUCUGGUUCCAUGUUGAUAAAAUGUCUUCUGCUCAUGUUUAUCUGAGACUGAAUAAAGGUCAGACAAUUGAUGAUAUAAGUGAAGGUUUACUGGAAGAUUGUGCUCAACUUGUCAAAGCAAAUUCCAUCCAAGGCAACAAGGUCAACAAUGUUGAUGUUGUUUACACUCCAUGGUACAAUUUGAAGAAGACAGCUUCCAUGGAUGUUGGACAAGUUGGUUUUCACAAUCCUAAAAUGGUCCGCACUGUGAGAGUAGAGAAGCGCAUAAAUGAGAUAGUUAAUAGAUUGAACAAGACAAAAGUUGAGAGGAAGCCAGACUUAAGAGCUGAGAGAGAAGCAGUUAAUGCGGCAGAAAGAGCUGAGAAGAAACUUCAGUUGAGAGAAAAAAAACGACGGGAGGAGAUGGAGAGGCUUGAAAAGGAGAGGCAAGCGGAGAUAAGGAGCUACAAGGGCCUGAUGGUUUCUGAAAAGAUGACCUCCAACAAACAGAUUGCUGCAGCAAACAAAUCGUUGCAAGAACUGGAAGAAGAUUUCAUGUGAGAGAAGCACCAAAUAGAUGCAAAUGGUUCAGAAGAUAUUCAAAGAAGGGCUUCAAUUUAUCAAACAUCACGGGCUUAUUUCUGGAACGAGGAAAUGUUUCAGAAACUUGAGAUUGAGAUGUAUGCUAAUUUUAGUUUCUGGAAGAGAUUUCUGCCCAUCUCAUUGAUGAAACAAUGGCAUUCACCUUGGCAUCCAACCUCUUUCUUCUCUGACUGACAUGUUCAUGAGAAAGUGGAAUUUGCCACAUCUCUAGAAGACGAACUUUAAAUAUGUUAUUUGCUGCUUGAUCUGUGUAAUUCACACUUAAAUAAUGAUAAAUAUGGUAUGGAAUAUCGAUCUUUAUAUA